AUGUCGGGACAAGGACCGCCAUCGAACUUAACUCCUCAGCAGCAACAUAUGAUUAUGCAGCAGCAGCAACAACAACAAAUGAUGCGACAACAACAGAUUCAACAACAGCAAUUGCACCAAAGACAGUUGCAACAACAGCAAGCGCAACAGUCGUAUCAACGUUCUCGAACACCACAGAUGCAACAGCAUCCAGGCGGAGGAUCACCAGGAUCACACCUCCAGAUGCAUCCACAUCUGCAAUCACAGGGGCAUAUGCAGCCUAGAUCCCCACUUGUCGGACAACAUCAUCCAGCACCCGGAAGUAUCCCACCUGGAAAUCCAGCGACACCACAAAUGAUGCAGCAGCAAAUGGGAAUGAAUCAACCAAUGUCACUCCCUGCGCCGCAUGUGUCCCGCCCGGGAUCUGUUGCACCACCAGCAUCAGUUCCACCAAACAUGCACACUGGUCCUUCGAGCAAUCAAAUGGAUCAAAUGGGAGGCCAAUCGCAAUAUUCACAUCAUCUCCAACCACAACAACCACUUUCUCGUCCUGGAUCUCAACAAAGUCACAUUGCUGGUGGUCACGGCGGACCCCACUCUGUUCAACAACCAGGUAGCGUGCUUGCUCCUGGAUCUAUUCAACAGCCAGGAUCACUUCUUGCUCCGGGAUCCAUGCACCAACCGGGGUCUGUUCAGCAACCAGGUUCUCUCGGGGCUCCCCUAUCACAUACUGGUGCUGGAGGACCUCAAUCCGUUCAAGGCUACGGUCCAGGAUCUGUUCAACCGCCUGGCUCAGCCCAAGCACCAUCAUCAGUUCAACCCGGUUCCACUUUUGCUCCAGGAUCUCUGCAAGCUCCAGCCAGCCAACAACCACCUGCUUCCAUCCAACCACCACCAUCAGCUGCAUCUGGAUCUGUCGCCGGACCAGCAAGUGCUGCUCCAGCUAAAGUGGAGCCAUUGAAGCCAAAUGAAGAGCAAAUAAGAAUGGUUCAAGAUCCAGUUGAUUUAGUUCGAAACUUGGUACAAAAGGAUCUAAGAAUGUCUGUAGUAGAAAUGAACAAGCGUGGUGCCGAGUUGCUGCAUCAAAAAGAGGAAGGAGCUAUCAAGGAAGAAGAUAGACAACAGUACAAGCGAGCUACAAAUGAUUUCCAUGCUGUUUGUGAUGAAAUUGACAGAACGCUGACGACAAUUAUGGAAACUGCUAAACAAAUAACGAAACUCGACAAAGUGUUCCAGGAUAGAACAUCGAAAGAAAUCGACGGUGAAGCCAUGGUCAACUCUGUGCAGAAAUUUGUUGACGAAACUGGCAUAGUUCAAAAAAUGUUCGAUGACACAGUCAACAGCGUUACUAGCACUAUGGAGAAAAUGCGUCGCCGUCAGAAGAAGUGGAAAGAUCAACAACAGCAACAAGAAAAUGCCGAAGACGCUGAAAUGGCGGAGUGA